UGAGAUUUAAUUGUUAUUCUUAUUUUGUAACAUUUGGUGACUGUAAAUAAUCAAAUAUCAAUUAAUUUUGUAUUUUGUGGUAACAUACAGAGAUAAUGGAUAAUAUUACUUAUUUUGCAACCUACACCCUGAUGGAACCACAAGGCUCUAAAUCAUAUAGACAUAUAUAUUUCACAUGCUUUUUCUUUAUUUAUAGUCUAAUAUUGUUUAUGAACAGUUGCCUUUGUGUGGUAAUUGUUUUUGAGAGAGCCCUUCAUCAACCAAUGUACAUUUUUCUGUGCAAUCUGUGUUUAAAUGGAAUGUAUGGAGCCACUGGAUUUUAUCCCAAAUUCCUACAUGAUUUAAUACUGGAUUCAUAUGUGAUUCCUUCUUACAUGUGUGCUUUUCAGUCUUUUGUUAUCUACAGUUCAAUUAAAUGUGAAUAUUCUACAUUAGCAGCGAUGGCAUAUGACAGACAUGUGGCCAUAUGUCGACCUUUAGACUAUCACUCAAAGAUGAACACAUAUUCUUGUGUCUUGCUACUUUUCGUUUGUUGGACUGUACCAUUAAUUUCAACACUCAUUGCUCUGCUUCUAUCAAAUAGGUUAGUAUUAUGUAAAAAUCACAUUGAUAAACUGUAUUGUGACAACUGGUCAAUGGUAAAGCUGUCAUGUGAAUCAACUGUCACCAAUAACAUUUAUGGACUAAUAAGCAUUUCAUUUAAUUUUUGCAUUUUCGCUGUAAUUAUUGUAUCCUAUGUAAAACUUGCAAUUGCAUGUAAAGCAUCAUUAGAAUGCAGAAGAAAAUUUUGGCAGACAUGUGUGCCUCAUGUAAUUUCAUUAUUUAAUUUCAGUGUUGCAAUGCUUUUUGAUACAAUGUACAACAGAUACGGUUCAAGCGAUUUCCCAGAUGACCUGCGUAAUUUUUUGGCUUUAGAAAUAAUUAUUGUGCCCCCACUUUUAAAUCCUGUAAUCUAUGGCUUAAACUUGAAAGAAGUCCGCAACAGAGUCUUUAAAGCAUGUAUAAAUAUCUUGAAAAAAGCAUGAUAAACUUCUGUUGUAUGUGUUUAAUAGUCUUUAUACAAUACUGAAUCCUUAUUGUAAACAGCUAAGGCAUAAAUGAAGCAAUGCUCAUGUCAUAUCAUGCUGAAAAACAUAUACCAAAAUGUUCAUAAUUACAAUUUCUAUUACUAUGAAA